GGAGCUGGAGGUCCUUACUGCUGUGCAGUGAGCGCUGGCUAGCGUCAUGCGGUCGUGCGCGGUUGCGGCAUUCUUCUUGGCGAGCGUGGUCGAGUCGUUCCACGUCAGUACCGUCGGGAGGCCGCAUGAGUUUCACAGUAUCAGGAGUAGCAGCAGGGCCAGUACUUCGGUUUUCCCCUUGCGUAUGGGCGCGCCGUCGCUACCAAACGCCGAGAGCUUGAGGAAAACGGUUGCGAGCACGGCGGCCGCGUUGCUCAUCGCUUUCUGCCCUGCGGUGGCCUCGUACCAGCAUGCUUUCGCCGCUGAUAGAGCCGGGGCGCAGGAGCUGUCUCCUGCGGAGAUGCUCGUCAAGAAGACGACUGACAUGCAGAGAAAGAGGCUGAAGGACGAGUCCCAAAAGCAGCUCCAGGGGGACGUCACUAUGCAGGAAGGGGAUCUUAUCGCGAGGGUUCUGGUAUCAAUCAAGCAAGACCUGUACGACCUGGGGGCUCCGGACACGACCGGCUUUCCCGCGGUGGACACCGACGAGGCGAGGCUGAUCGUGGCCGCCUUCGGGAAGGACGGUCCGCCGGUGGCGGCGAAGCGGCUUACCGUCAAGGGGAGGCAGUUCCCGGUCACGGUUGAGCUGACCGCGGACGACCUGGCCUUCCCCUUAACGAAGGACGCGUGGAGGCUAGACAGCCGUUCGAAGGAGGACAUCGGGCUGGCCGUAGAGAUCGACCCUGACGGGAAGGCGGCCACGCUCGACGCGGAGAGCCUGACGGGGUACGGCGUCAGCAAGCCGUUGCGCAUUGGGGCACAGCUGGAGCGCACGGAGGCCGCCGUAGAAUUGGUCGCCAACCCGCAGCUUAAGGAGAGGGCAGAACAGGCACUGCCUAACGAGGGUAUCCAGCAGCUCGAGCGCGUGGACGCGAUGCUGGACUACAAGGAGGCCGCGGCGUCCAAGGGCGGGAGGGCAGGAAGGCCCUUUGGAUGAUGCCUGAGUUUGCACGUCAUGGGAGUUCCAUCGUGAGGGCGUGCGGGCGGCCGGUCGGGUCUUGGGCCCCUGUUCAGUUUUCGGGGGCGUACAUUGGCUGGGCUGCUGCUGCUCGCUGGCGGGACCGCUCGGGCAGCGAGCGUUGAACUGACGGUAGGGGGUCACGAGGUCGGCGAGGGUAUGCAGCAGAGCAUGAAGCCGCUCGUGCCGGGGUGAUGUGGGGCGACGCCAGGGGGCGGCGGCGGUGAUAGCGAAGCUUAGCGUGCAAGGCAGAAGCCCGGUGUGUGGUGUCAGCAGCGACCUAUCUCGGUGAUGCGAUGUUUCGCGCAGGGGUGCGACCGCUCGCCGCCGCUUGAUGUUGUGCUGAGCGUCCUGCCUGUUUAGCCUGCAACUUUAGAUAACGGUUUUCGUUUGGAUGUUUAGCGGCCUUUUAAUCUAUCUCCGCGGGCGGCCGUCAGAUUAUGGAGAGGUCUUGGGUUCAUGCUCGGGACGGCGAAAGUUGCUUUUUUUUUGUCCUCUCGACACAUGUAUUCAUCGUAUCCCACAGUGCUUUGGCUUUGGAAAGGGGGAGAAUACGUGCAUCAAGCACGACAUGUAAACGUUAAAUACAUGCGAUCGGAUGCGUUGAUCAAGGAUGGACUUGAAAGUGCAGAGCUUGGCGUCGGGGUUCGACGAAGGCUUGGGAAGAGAAUAAACAUGGGUCGAAAUAACCCUCCCUGACGUGCGCGAUAGGUUUGCCCUUUCUUCUUUUUCGUGUGUCUUUUGCGUUAACCGUGUUCUUUAGCCCUUGCCCGACCCAACUCGUUGGCUAUUAGUGUUCGCGGCGACCCCAAGGCAGGUUGACCGACGGGGGGGGGGGGAUACUCAUAGUCGUGNCUCGCAUCCCUACAAAGCCGGGACGGAGUAUGCCAGGUUCUCACGGGACCAGGUGACUGCUGUUGUGUUGUUGGUGUUUGCGUCGCCUUCUGCAUCGGUGUUUGGUUGGCGGUCGCUAGGAGCGCUAGGUAGCAGGACAGAGAGGACACAGCAGCAGCAUCGGGUGACGAGAGUAGUAGUUAGUUGUGGGAAGAGGAGACAAAGGCAAACGCCCGAGCGAACAAGUAAAAUCACAGGCCAAGAGCAUGAGAACCAGUGAAGUAUUUUUGCUUGUUCGUCGACGUUCUGUUGCGGUUGCGUUAGAGGUUUUCGUGACUUGUCUUUUUUGGUCGGCUCAUGGGUGAAUCGUUUUCAGUUUUUAUCACCUACCCAGCCUACGCGCACCCCUGAUCUUGCAAUACCGGGACAUUGGGGAGGGUGGGGCCUGUGCCCCCCCCCCCCCCAAUCGUCGAACCGCUAAGGCAGGCAAAACAUGAGUACCCCCCCCGGAUCCCGAAGGACACGAUGGUUGCAGACGGGGAGAAAGACGAAUCGGGUCCGCCGCUUGGCUUUAAGGACUGCGCUUGCACGUGAAGUUUUACAACAAGGGGUAGCACGCACUUGUUGUUUCCGUCGCCCGCGUUUUACUCAAGUCUACUAAGUCUACUGCUGUAGACUACACCAAGUG